AGACUAACACAGUUUCUUUUGUGAGACCUUCAGGAAUAGAACCCAAAACAAAAAAUUACAAAAAUGUUCAAAUUCGUCAUUCUUUUUGCUUUUGUAAGCUGCGCUCUUGCCGCUGGCGAUGAUGUCCAUGCCGAAAUCAAGGAAUUAAAAUCUGAUGUUCGUCAUGACGGCUUCAACUAUCUCUUGGAUACCAGCAACAGCAUUCAUCAGGAAGCUGCCGGUGAUGAGCAUGGCAAUAUUCAUGGCUCCUAUGAAUAUGUCUCUCCUGAGGGUGAACAUAUCAAGGUCAGCUAUGUAGCCGAUGAAAAUGGCUACCAACCCGUCAGCGAUCUCUUGCCUACUCCUCCACCAGUCCCAGAAGCCAUCCUUAAGGCCAUUGAAUACAUCAAAGCCCAUCCAUCCAAGGAAGAAUCUCACCAUUAAGUUUCUGUCAUACAACCUUAGUUAGAGGAGUAAUACAACAACAAAAACGAAAUGAGCAUACAAUAAAUAACAGCA